GUGCGCACGUGUGUGCACGUGUGUGGUGCGUGUGUGUGCACGUGCAUAUGUGUGUGGUGUGCAAGUGUGUGCGUGUGUGCAUGUGCACGUGUGUGUGGUGUGCAAGUGUGUGUGUGCAUGUGUGCGUAUGUGUGUGGUGCGCAAGUGUGUGGUGCAUGUGUGCAUAUGUGUGUGGUGUGUGUGUGCACGUGUGUGUGUGUGUGUGCACGUGCGUGUGUGUGUGCACGUGUGUGUGGUGCGCGUGUGCACGGAGCUUGGGAACUGGUCACAGAAGGCCACAUACCUGAGUUCUUUGGAUUGCCCCAGUCUGCGCACAGAGGGGCCUCUUAGAUCCCAGGGGUCCCACACACCCCGCUCUGGACCCGGCACAUGAAAAGCGCACCAGCCAACCCACGGGGUGCACAGUCGGCGUCCGGGCCUCCGCCCUCCCCCAGAAGCCCCCUCCCCCGGGCUGGGGGGCAGCUCCCAGAGCGCCGACUCCCGGAGGUGACUCCCAGGGGCCUCAGGGAACUAGGCAAGGGUCACUAGGAACUUCAGCUGUUUUUCUGACACAGGGCUUCAUGUAGCCCAGGCUGGCCCCAAACACCUGACGUAGCUAAGGAUGACCUUGAAUGUCGGAUGCCCCUGCCUCAGCCUCCUGAGUGCUGGGAGGACGGGCGUGCACCACCACAGCUGUCCUACGACUUCUUUGUUUUUUUUCUUUUGAGACAAGGCCCCACUCUGCAGCCUAGUCUGGCCUGGAACUCGCGGCAAUCCCCCUGCCUCAGCCUCCCGAGUGCUGAGGUGCCAGGCGCGGCGCACACCAGCCUUCAGGUCCAAUCCGCACAGGGCGGGGCCACAGAGGGCCCGGCGCAGCGCCCUGGGGUUCCCCUUCCCGAUGCGGGUGGCUGGGGCGGGACCCUGGGGAUCCGCGGCAGAGUCUGCGCGAGUCUGGCCGGGGCGGGGCCCGGCUGAGGCUUGGAGGGUCCGGGGCGCGGCGGGAGGGGGCGCCCGCGACCCUCCAAGACGCUCCGGCGGGGACAAAGGCGAGGGGAGCCCCCGCGCCCGGGGAGCCCGGGAGAGCGCCUUGCGCAGUGCACGGCCCCGGGCCUCCGUCCCGCGCCACGGCCGCCUCCCGCCGCCUGGUUUCUCGGCGCCCGCGGUCUCCGGCGGGGGCCGCGCGCAGAGGCGGGGCGGCGGGAUCUCCAAGCGCGCGGUGCUCCGCCCGCUCGGCGGCGGAGGCGGAGGCGGAGACGGCGGGGCCAGGCGGCGGCCGGAGAGCGAGCGAGCGAGCGAGCGCGGCGGCGGCACCGGGGCCAUGGCGCCCGCGCAGCGCCCGCUGCUGCCGCUGCUGCUGCUGCUGCUGCCGCUGCGUGCGCGCAGCGAGGACCCGGCUCGCGCCAACGCUGACCGCUACGCAGUCUACUGGAACCGCAGCAACCCCAGGUUUCAGGUGGGUGCCGUGGGCGACGGUGGCGGCUACACGGUGGAGGUGAGCAUCAACGACUACCUGGACAUCUACUGCCCGCACUACGGGGCGCCGCUGCCCCCGGCCGACCGCAUGGAGCGAUACAUCCUGUACAUGGUGAACGGCGAGGGCCACGCGUCCUGCGACCACCGGCAGCGAGGCUUCAAGCGCUGGGAGUGCAACCGGCCCGCGGCGCCCGGGGGGCCCCUCAAGUUCUCAGAGAAGUUCCAGCUCUUCACCCCCUUCUCCCUGGGCUUCGAGUUCCGGCCCGGCCACGAGUACUACUACAUCUGGAGAAGCGGGUGGGAAUGGGCAGAAGGUGCUCACAGUGAAGUCCCGGGAUAUGAGGGACAAGAUGACGUUUUUCUUUUCGAAAUGGGAAUCCUGGAAAGGUAACGAGCGUAACGAUUCCUUCCGUCUCCGCGUUAGUUUUUACCGGUCCCAGCAUGGGGGACAGGCGCUGCGGUGGUGUCCCCCCCACACACUGAGCUCCAGGUCUCCCCAGUCUGCGGCUCCUAGCCCAGCUGCCGCCGAGGAGCCACCCUCACGUAGCCCAGGCUAGCCUCAAACUCCGUAGAGGUCCAAGACCUUGAAGUCUGUGUCUCAGCUCCUCCUCCGCCAGGACGGCAGAGUGCACACCCAGAUGUCGUAGUUGUUUACGUAUUUGUGUGUGCACAUGUUAACGCAAGUGCCCAGGCCCGCGGCCUCCUCCACAUGCAGGUGCUCUGGAUCCGAACGCGGGUCCCAGUGCUUGCUCAGUGACCUCUAUACCCACCGAAGCUCCUCAGCCCUUACUUUGUUUCAUUUUUAUUUUAUUUAAAAUGUCACCCUAGGUUGGGGGUUCUGCAUGGCUUUCAUCCCAGCACUCGGGAGGCAGAGGCAGGGGCUUUUCUAUGAGUUUCAAGCUAUCUUAGACUAAGAGAGUUCCAGGACAGCCAGGGCUGCGUAAAGAGGCCCUGUCUCAAAUCAAUAAAUGAAUAAAUAAAAUAAAAUCUCACCUUGUCACUGGGCUGAGACAUAACUCAGCCUUUGGAGUCAGACUUGGAUAGAGGAAACAUGGAAGAAACUCCGGGAAACCUAGGGCAUUGUCUCUGGGGUUUGACACGUGGCUAGGAGUUUUAUGGGUGGGGUCAGCAAUGUGGAGAAGGACUCAUGGAGCCCCCAGAAGGUUGCCCUCUC